UGUAUUUCUCCCAGUGUGUGUGAUCGUCUCUCAGGUGAAAACAGGACUCGUUCACCCCUUCAGCUGCUGCUUGAAACUGUCUCUCACAGACGAACCCGAUGGAUCUCAGCGACGCUCUUGGAGGGGGGGGUCCCAGCUGGCCAGGUCAGCCCAACCCCACCUGGCCCGGAGGUUCAACUGCAGAAGGAGGAGGCGUGUGGCCCGGAGGUAACCCUUCACAGCAACCCACUGCACCUGGAGGAUGGCCCAGUUCUGCACCUGGACCAGUCCCUGGACCUGGAGGAUGGCCCAGUUCUGCACCUGGACCAGUCCCUGGACCUGGAGGAUGGCCCAGUUCUGCACCUGGACCAGUGCCUGGACCUGGAGGAUGGCCUAGUGCUGCACAGGGACCUGGACCUGUACCUGGAGGAUGGCCCAGCCCUGCACAGGGACCUGGACCUGGACCUGGAGGAUGGCCCAGUCCUGCACUGGGACCUGGACCCACCUUCCCGUCUACUCCUCAGCAGAAUCUGUCGGUUCCGUACAAUCAGAAUCUUCCAAAUGGAGUUUAUGACAAACUGCUGAUCACCAUCGCUGGAACCGUCAAACAGAACGCUUACAGGUUCAGCGUGGAUCUGUUCGCGUCCAAGGAUUUGGCGUUUCACUUCAACCCUCGCUUCGAUGACUCCAGGAAGAAGGUGAUCGUCAGAAACAGCUGCAUCGGAGGGAGUUGGGGCAAAGAGGAGAGGGAGCUGAAACACUUCCCCUUCGUCCAGGGACAGGCGUUCGAGAUUAAGAUCAUGUGCACCAACACAGAGUUUAAAGUGGCCGUCAACAACUCUCACCUGCUGGAAUUCAAACACCGGGUCCGCGACCUCCGAUCCAUCAACAACAUCAGCAUCAACUCUGACCUCACCCUGUCCAAGGUCCAUAUGGAGACUGUGUCCUGAGGCGGAUCACCAGAUCCACUGGAGAUCCACUGAGGAUCUAAGGGUUGAGCGGGCAGAUGUGAUGUGGAGAUCAAGUCAUUCAUAAAAAAUCCUUCAAUAAAAUGAUACUAUAUCUGUAAUAGAAGAACUAGAAAUGUAUUAGAUCUACUGUAGAUCCUCAGUGGAUCCUCAGUGAAUCCUCAGUAGAUCCUCAGUAGAUCCUCUGUAGAUCCUCAUUGGAUCCUCAGUAGAUCCUCAGUGGAUCCUCAGUGGAUCCUCUGUAGAUCCUCAGUGGAUCCUCAGUAGAUCCUCUGUAGAUCCUCAGUGGAUCCUCAGUAGAUCCUCAGUAGAUCCUCAGUAGAUCCUCAGUAGAUCCUCAGUGGAUCCUCAGUAGAUCCUCAGGAGAUCCUCAGUAGAUCCUCAGUGGAUCCUCUGUAGAUCCUCAGUGGAUCCUCAGUAGAUCCUCAGUGGAUCCUCAGUAGAUCCUCAGUGGAUCCUCAGUAGAUCCUCAGGAGAUCCUCAGUAGAUCCUCAGUGGAUCCUCAGUAGAUCCUCCUGUAGCUGUGUGUUCUUCAGUUGGAACUCGUAUGAUUCACACAAAUAAAAGGUUCCUCUUCAA